AUGACGACCCCCGAAGAUGCAUUCCAACAGCUCGCCAGCGUCUUCGCUUCUCGAGGUGAUGAUAUCCUCGAGAUCGAGAUCAUCCCGCCGAGUCUAGGCUCCCCAUUUCUCCAGGAUGGGUGUUUCAUCGGAACCACCAAGAAGACUCUGGUGCAAGCUUAUACGGUCGCACGACAACUCUUCUUUAAAAAGCUCAUGUCCAUGACGGAUGAUGAGCUGCUCGCCAAUCUCCUGAACGAGAACCAAAGCACUGACAUCGUGUCAGAUCUUGUUAUCACUGAGAUCAUGCUGCUCUUCGACUGCGAGCAUUUAACAGCGUGUAACUGGCGUAAGCGCCGAUUGAUGGCCGCCCUUGCGCGGUGUCAGGGUGCUCCAGAUCGACACUCCCAGCUGCUUCGGGUCUUGAGGAGGGAGCUUACGUUGUUGCAGAGCUAUCAAUGCUCACCGCUGCAUCGACAUACGAAGUCACCCACCUUGUGGUCACAUCGACUAUGGGUGCUGAAGCAGCUCCUCAAACUCGAAGAGCAAAGCCCAGAAGCUCUGCUGGACCUUGAGCGCCAUGAGCUGGCCGUCGUCCUCCGCGCCGCAGAGCUCCACCCAAAGAACUACUAUGCUUUCACCUAUAUGCGCCAGCUUCACGCUCUCCUCGCAGGAAUCCCUGUCGAGCCCAAGGAUGCUUCAAGCUGGGCAGGCUUAUUAGCGAAGACGCUGGUCAAUCCCGUGCUAGACUGGUGUCUUGCCAAUCCACGCGAUAUCUCCGGCUGGGCUUUUGGGAUCUAUUUGCUCAAUCAUGUCCCGGACCAACAGCUCCGAGCUGACGCUGUUGGUAGGGUGCUUCGUUUUGCGCGAGACGUGGGAUGGGAAGGGGAGAGUUUGUGGACAUUUAUUGACCUGACGGUGCGCCAAUUUGAUCUCGAGGAGGUGGUGGAUGAAGUAUUCAUCCACGAUCAAGGGAGGCGAGACCCUGCGUCUACCACAGAAUCCCAAAUCUCUCCAACGAAGUAG